GCGCUCCCUGUCCCAGCUCCCUGGUCUCAGCCCGGAGACCGGUGGCCGGAUCCAGAAGGAGCCGAGCCCAGAGUCGUCCCCGCCCGCCCCGCAGGAGCCGCGAAGAUGCCCCGCAGCAGCCUGCGCGCCGCGGCCGUCCUCCUGCUCCUGAGCCUAAAGGAGCAGCUCUGCCGCGCAGCCCCGCUCCACGGGUUCGACUGGACCUAUCUCGGUCCUGCUGGGGAGAAGAGCUGGCCCAAGAACUACCCAUCCUGUGGGGGCCUGAUGCAGUCCCCAAUCGACCUGCACAGUGACAUCCUCCAGUACGAUGCCAGCCUGGGGCCCCUCGAGUUCCAGGGCUAUAACGUGUCUGCCAACGAGCAAUUAACCCUGACCAACAAUGGCCACUCAGUGCAGCUGACGCUGCCCCCGGGCAUGCACAUCCAGGGGCUGCCAUCUCGCUACAGCGCCACACAGCUGCACCUGCACUGGGGGGACCAGAACGACCCCCACGGCUCCGAGCACACUGUUGGCGGGAAGCACUUCGCUGCCGAGCUGCACAUUGUCCAUUAUAACUCGGACCUGUACCCCAACGCCAGCACCGCCAGCAACAAGUCAGAAGGCCUCGCCGUCCUCGCUGUUCUCAUAGAGAUGGGCUCCUUCAAUCCCGCCUAUGACAAGAUCUUCAGUCACCUUCAGCACGUCAAGUACAAAGGACAGGAAGUGCACAUUCCCGGCUUCAGCAUUGAGGAGCUGCUUCCCCAGCGGCCGGCCGAGUACUACCGCUACCGAGGCUCCCUGACCACGCCGCCCUGCAGCCCCACGGUGCUCUGGACGGUGUUCCGGAACCCCGUGCACGUUUCCCGGGAGCAGCUGCUGGAUCUGGAGACAGCUCUGUACUGCACACACGAGAAUGACCCAUCACCCAGGGAAAUGGUCAACAACUUCCGGCGGGUGCAGAAGUUUGAUGAGAGGCUGGUGUACAUCUCCUUCCAACAAGAGCGAGACCUCACCUCCGCAGGACUGAGCCUGGGAAUCAUUCUUUCGGUGGCCCUGGCUUGCAUCCUCGGCAUCUGCAUCGUCCUGGCAGUGUCCAUCUGGCUUUUCAGAAGGAAGAAGAGCAGUAAGAAAGGCAGCGGCAAUAAAGGCGUCAUUUACAAGCCGGCCCUCAGGAAGGAGGCGGAGGCCCACGCCUGAGGCCCCGGCGCUGCAGGCACCGCGGACGGACUUUGCUUUGGAUGCUUUCACACGGCGGCGCCCUGGACACUGGAGCUACCCGAAGGUUCUGUGCAGCUCACCCCACAAACACCCCAGACCCGUGGGGGCCUCUAGCUGGGUGCCCCCCACCCUGAUGUGCGGCCUCUCCCAGGGCGAUCGUGGAUGGGAGAGCUCCCCGGGAGCGGGGACUCGGAGCUGUGUGCUUCAUCUGUGUGAGACCAGAAGCGGUCGGGGCUCUGGGGACACACACCACGUCGCUGUGGGGGCUGCGAUAAUGGGAAGUCACUUUCUCCAGGGCUUCACUCAGGUCAAAGGUCAGCUCCUCGUCUAAGCUUUCGCACCAGCGCGUACCCAUGCACACCCUCUACUUUGGUUUGCUUUGAAGACUCAAGUCCUGCCUCAGGGAAGCCGGUGUUGUCUUCCUCUGACCCUCCUACUGUGACAUGACCUUUAGUCUGACCGUGGGGGGUGGGGGGGUGGGGUGGGGGGGGUGGGGUGGGAAGCACAGGCACAGGGUCCAGGUGCCUGGGAUGAAAGAAAGGAGAUAGUCUUUGAAAGAUGGAAGGGCAUCUUCCCAGUCCUGUCCUUUGGGUCAGACAUGCCGACCAGACUGUAGAGAGCAUGGGAGACAUGGUCUGAGGGAUCUUGGAAGCUGUGAGUGUGAGAAGGACAGAGUAGGGAGCCCAAGCCCACAUGCCCGUCCGGGGGGCAGUGCGGGUUGAUGCUCUGUAGAUGUUAUUCAUAAUUGGGCCGCCCCUGGAACAAGAGCUGUUGCUUUCUCUCUCCUGAGCAGACGUGAGUUCUGAGAAUCUAG